CUUCGGUUCCCCUUAAACACGUAACGUACUGACGCCGUUAUAACUUCCGAUGCACAAAAAUUCUUCCUUCUCUCUUUAAAACACAAACUCCAUUUCUGAAUUUUCUCCUCCUUUCUCUCUCCUUUUUUUAUUUUCCCGGAAAAUCCUUCUAUCCAGUAUUCAUGUCGGAAAAAGGUCGGCCACUACCAAAGUUUGGUGAAUGGGAUGUCAAUGAUCCAGCUUCAGCUGAAGGGUACACGGUGAUUUUUAACAAAGCCAGGGAUGAGAAAAAGACAGGUGGCAAACCUGAGUCACCUGGAAAGGCUGAUCCUCGUACAAGACCUCCAUUAGAACCUGGCAAAACUCCGAGUAAAAAAUGGUUUUGCUGCAUACAAAAUCCUCCUGCAGAAUCAUAGCAACGGUUGGUCCUGUGUAAAAGGUUGAACAGAAGACAAUGUUUAUGUGUAAUUAGCUCUCAGUGUUUUCUCAGGGAUGGGAGCUGUAGAGCCUUAAAAUGAAUUCUGCUGGAAUUUAGUUUAUGUGCUGUAAAAGUGAGUUGCCGGGGGGGAGAGUAAAGAAAACACUAUUAUAUGUACGUAUCUAUAUCAAUGUUGUGGUUUAUUGUUAGGAGCGGGUUGCUUCCUUUUUUGCGGUGUCUUGUACUUGCGCUAUGGGGUAUAGAAAUUUGCUUGUUACAUUUUAUUCCUUGUUUAAACAAAUUUUAUUUGAUGAACUGAUAUUAUUCCUUUGGUUUCA